AUGAAACUCACAAACGGAAAUGAAACUCCACCCCGCUUACGCCGCUCACUAGACCGCGACAAACGCUCUCUGCGCUACCAAACCGUGGUGAGAUGCAGGCUGACCGGCCACGAGAUGCCGUGUAGGAUGUCGGAGCUGCAGGCUUAUACUAAUGGCAAGAAGUAUCAGAGGCUGACAAAGACGGCCAGAGAGUUUGACUAUGGCAAGUUUGAGCCACAUAUAGUGCCGAGCACAAAGAAUCUACAUCAGCUGUUUUGCAAGCUCACUCUCAGGCAUAUCAACAAGUUUCCAGAGCAUGUGCUGCGUCAUGUCCAAGGGAAACGCUAUCAGAAGGCCCUAAAAAGAUAUGAGGAGUGCCAGAAGGAGGGAGUGGAGUAUGUCCCUGCCUGCUUGCGACAGAAGAAGCAGCGGAGGUGGCAUCCCGAUGACCAAACGAAUGGGAGCAGACAGCCUUACAGAAAAGAAGAAUUCUGGGAGCCAAAGUCCAGUGAUGAGGAUGGAGAGGAGACAGAUGAUGACAGUAUGAGUGAUCUGUACCCACCUGAACUCUUCCCAGAAAAAAGCUCAGCAGCUCCACAAAAUGCAGAGGGCAGCGAUGACUUUGCAACAGACAAUGAGGAAGACACGGCCAAGCUGACUGGGGAGAACGGUGAUGUGAAUGGAGAGGACGGCAGAAGAAUGAAUGUUAGCAGAGCAGCUGGCAACAAAAGGGGAAAGAAACAGUCAGGUCCUUUGAAGAAGAAAUUCAAGAGCUGUCAUCGGAAACGCAAACAUUUCAAGAAAGCAACCAACGGCAAAUAAAUUUUGUGAGAAAUAUUGUA